CAUAAGCACCUUCCGAGAUCCCGAGGGCUUCAGAUGACAAAACAGCCAACAUCUUGUGCAAGGAUCAAUACUGACCGCGUAUCGUUCUGCAGCCAUGUCUAGGUCAUUUUAUGUCGACUCUUUGAUUAUCAAGGACACGGUGCGACCCAUACCUCUUAACGAGCAUCCCCGACAAGACUUCCUCUUCCCCAUCAGCAUGCACUCACCCACCAUGAUGACGGUCACCGCGCCAGUGUGCCCCUCCAGGAAAAGCGGCACUUUCUGCGUCUGCCCGCUUUGCGUCACGUCCCACCUCCACUCUCCCCGCAGCGGCAUUUCGAUGCUGAAGAGUCAGUUCCCGAGAGCGGAGCCCCAAUAUUGUCAGAGGAUAUCACACCACCAACAGUCUCCGCCACUUGCGCACCCGUCUGCACGCCCUGUCUGCACGCCUGUCUACAAGCCCAUGUACAGCGUCACAGACCACCAUGAGUACCACUGUCUCUCCAUAGGCGCCUCUGAGAGCAGUCACAUCCAGAAUGGCAAGAGAAUGCGCACGGCUUUCACCAGCACACAACUUCUGGAACUGGAGAGGGAGUUCUCCUCCAACAUGUAUCUUUCCAGGCUCAGAAGAAUUGAAAUAGCAACUUAUCUAAACCUCUCGGAGAAACAGGUGAAAAUCUGGUUCCAGAACCGGAGGGUGAAACACAAGAAGGAGGGCAAGGGCACACAGAGGAGCGCGCACAACGGUUGUAAGUGCGCAAGCGGUCACAUGGAUUACCCGAGGUCUGAGGACGAGGAAUCUCUAUCCCCUGCAUCAGCGUCAGAGGAGAAACAUAUCUCCCCAAUCUGAGGCUAUCUCAGACUGCCACUGCACAGACUUCCAUUACACUACUGGCACUUAGUCUACCAUGGUUCUUCACGAAUUCUGCAACACCAGACGACUUCCGGGCCAUGAGAUACUACUUUCAGUCUGAGAAGAAGUAUUGGAAAUGUCCUUGGUUUUCCCUGGUUAAAUGAUGUAGGCCUAUUUGUACGUUCAUUUUAUGUUAACUGUGAAUACAUGUUUUAUUUGUUGAAACAUAAAAAAAUAAAAUAAGUGACGUUAAAUCCUUCAGGGUUCAAACCAACGUCAAAGUUGUACAUCCUCAGUGGUUGUCAUACAAUGUUUGAUAUCAUUCUUAUCAGUGUAAAUAUGAUGGCCGUGGAUCCACUCUGUUUGAUUUCUUAUUUUUCCACGUGAAAUUGUAUGUACAUAGUAGACUAUUAUGUGUAUAUAAUAUGUAUAUUUGUAUUUAUUCUAAUAAAACAUUGGUGAGUUGUAUCUCAGACAAAACAUUUUUAUUUUAAGGGUUGGCAUGGUGGAUCUUUGAUGCAGUCCUUACAGGCCAUCGUCAUAGCAUAUUUGUAGAGCUUUUGUGUUUGAUAUAUUUGUCAAGAAAUCGAUGUUUAGUCUGUAUUUUGACAAAAAUGUUAAUUUAAUAUAAUAAUUACACACAUUUUAUCUUGAGACCAUUUCAAAGAGCAUAUUGGACGUCAUCACACGCAGGUGACCAGGGACGCUAUGAAGAACAGUAUCAGAUUCCCAUUCACGUUAACCUUAAUUUACUCCCUGUGGAAGAUAGUCUAGUACAGGGAUCAUCAACUAUUCAGUCGCGGGCUGAUUACUUUUCUUCAGUGGAUGGAUGGUCGUGGGAACAUAAUUACAAAUGUGUAGAUUGCAAAUUGACCGCAAGAAACGCAAACAGAAUGUUUGAUUAAAACACAACCAUUGCUUACAUUUGUAUGUGAUCACGUCUCUCUAUUAAGCGUGGGAAUACUUGGGAACAGAUUUCCAAAAUUAAAAUCGAUUGGAGCUGAUUUCCUGUUAUUUUUAGUCUUUAUAUUCUAUUUCGUUGCUCAGAAAACUUGGGGUGACAAAUAAAACUACCCGCGGGCUGCCAGUUGGGAAACCCUCUACUAUGUACACUGAGUUUACAAAACAUUAUGAACACCUGCUCUUUCCAUCUCAUAGACUGACCAGGUGAAUCCAGGUGAACGCUAUGAUCCCUUAUUGAUGUCACUUGUUAAAUCCGCUUCAAUCAGUGUAGAUGAAGGGGAGGAGCCAGGUUAAAGAAGGAUUUUUAACCCUUGAGACAAUUGAGAUAUGGAUUGUGUAUGUGUGCCAUUCAGAGGGUGAAUGGGAAAGACAAAACAUUUAAGUGCCUUUGAACGGGUAUGGUAGUAGGUGCCAGGUGCACCGGUUUGUGUCAAGAACUGUUUUGUACACUCGGUGUAAUCUAUACUCAUUUUAAGAAGAUCAAGAAUAGGUGGUUUAAAAUUCUUAAAAAUGUCAGUAUGUUCCUUCGACUAAGGUAUGCAGUGUCCAUCCCACAGGGGGGUGCUCCUACUCGGGUUAACCAUGUGUUCAUUUACUGUUAAUAAAGAGUUCAUUUACUGUUAAUGAACUAUACUGGCACUUAA